AGUGUUGGGCACUCGUGAAGACACACGUGUACUGUAUAGUUCGUAUAUACAAACUGUAUAGUUCGUAAUUGUAAAAAUAAAAAUAUAUCGGUACACUCUCGUACCAUAUAAAUUAAACAUCUGUGAAAAACAACAUACACAUAUUUUAUUUUAUACAUGAUGUGUUAUAUAGGAUGCUAAUCUUACAAGCAUAAUCGAUUGUACAUACAUCGUUAGUUCAACGUUUUUGUGAACUUAUUUAAUUUUAUUACUAUUUAAAUCAGAAAAAGAGUCAUCAUGGAUGCUGAUUUGUAUGAUGAAUUUGGUAAUUACAUUGGACCUGAUUUGGCUUCUGAUAGCGAAGAUGAAAAUGAAUAUGGAAAUGCUGGAGAUGAUGGGGAAGACAGAGAACGCUCAGAUGAAGAUAUGGAAGAAGACAAAGAUGAAACAAGAGAACAAUCAGAGCAAGGGAAUUCUAUGGCUGUUGUAUUGCACGAAGAUAAAAGAUAUUAUCCAAGUGCUUUAGAAGUUUAUGGGCCAGAGGUAGAAACACUGGUUCAAGAAGAAGAUGCUCAACCCUUAGAUAAACCAUUGAUAGCACCAACAAGGAAACCAAAAUUUCAAAUAAAACAGCAACAACUCCCAGAAACAACGUACAACAUAGAAUUCUUGGCAGACAUGAUGGACGCUCCCCAUCUGAUACGCAAUGUUGUACUACUUGGACAUCUGCAUCAUGGCAAAACUACGUUGGUCGACUGCCUAGUAAGGCAGACUCAUCCUUAUUUACACAGUGUAACAGAUGAAAAACCUUUAAGAUAUACAGAUACGUUAUUCACUGAGCAACAGCGAGGAGUAUCGACAAAGGCAACGCCGGUGACUUUGUUACUGCAAGAUGUAAAGUCGAAAUCUUAUCUGUUAAACAUAUUCGAUACUCCCGGGCAUGUGAACUUUUCUGACGAAGCUACAGCGGCGAUACGUUUAUCCGAUGGAGCAAUAUUGAUCGUUGAUGCCGCCGAAGGCGUCAUGUUAAACACCGAACGAUUACUGAAGCACGCGCUCCAAGAGAAACUCGCGUUAACAGUUUGUAUAAAUAAGAUAGACCGACUGAUCCUAGAACUGAAGUUACCACCCCUAGACGCGUAUUAUAAAUUGAGGCACAUCAUCGAAGAAAUCAACGGAUUGAUAGCCUUAUAUUCAGACUCCGAGAAUCCGUGUUUCGUGUCGCCCGCAAUCGGAAACGUAUGUUUCGCCAGUUCCGAGUACAAUGUUUGCUUCACUCUGAAAUCCUUCGCGGCGCUCUAUGCCAAGACUCACCCUGGUCUUAAUUCUAACGAAUUUGCGAAACGAUUAUGGGGUGACAUAUAUUUCAAUUCGAAAACGCGGAAAUUUACUAAAAAGCCGCCGCACAAUACGGCGCAGCGUAGCUUCAUCGAAUUUAUUCUUGAACCGUUGUAUAAAAUAUUCGCGCAAGUUGUUGGUGACGUCGAUACGACUUUACCCGAUGUGCUCGAUGAAUUAGGCAUAAGAUUAACGUCGGAGGAAAUGAAAAUGAACAUCAGACCUCUAUUGAGAUUAGUGUGCACCCGAUUCUUGGGAGAUAUGUGCGGAUUAGUCGAUAUGUGCGUAGCUCAUGUGCCCAGUCCACAGGCCCACGCACCGGUUAAAGUCCAACAUGUGUACACUGGCCCAAUGGACUCGCCCCUCGCACAAGACAUGAUCAAUUGCGAACCUGAUGGGAGAUUAAUGAUACACAGCACAAAAAUGUAUCCUACCGAAGACUGUACUCUGUUCGUGGUCCUUGGUAGGGUAAUGUCCGGCACUCUCGAGGCGGGACAACGCGUUCGCGUGUUAGGUGAAGCGUACUCGCGUACAGACGAAGAAGAUUCUCGCGUGUUGACCGUGGGAAGGCUGUGGAUAAGCGAAGCACGCUACUCAAUCGAACUGAACAGAGUUCCCGCGGGCAAUUGGGUACUAAUCGAGGGCAUAGACAGGCCAAUCGUAAAGACGAGCACGAUCACUGACCUAAAUAACUCGGAUGACUUGCAUAUCUUCCGACCUCUCAAGUUUAACACACAGAGCGUGAUCAAAAUUGCGGUCGAGCCGGUGAACCCAUCAGAAUUGCCGAAAAUGUUGGACGGUUUGAGGAAAGUCAACAAAAGUUAUCCUCUAUUGGGCACCAGAGUCGAGGAAAGUGGCGAACACGUUGUGUUGGGUACCGGCGAACUGUAUCUAGAUUGCGCGAUGCACGACCUGCGUCGCAUGUAUUCAGAAAUUGACAUAAAAGUCGCGGACCCUGUCGUUGCUUUCGCCGAGACGGUGGUAGAAACGAGUUCUCUCAAGUGUUUCGCCGAGACGCCGAACAAACGGAACAAGUUGACGAUGAUUGCCGAGCCGCUUGAAAGAGGCCUCGCGGAGGACAUCGAGGCGGAACACGUAAAAAUCACGUGGAACAAGAAACGAUUAGGCGAAUUCUUUCAAACGAAGUACGAUUGGGAUUUGCUGGCAGCGCGAAGCAUAUGGGCUUUCGGUCCAGACGCUACGGGUCCUAAUAUUUUAGUCGACGACACUUUACCCUCGGAGGUAGAUAAAACGUUACUGAACAGUGCCCGCGACGCGAUUAUUCAAGGUUUCCAGUGGGGAACCCGAGAAGGACCUCUUUGCGAGGAACCCAUACGAAACGUGAAGUUCAAAAUUCUAGAUGCCGUGAUUGCACAAGAGCCCCUUCAUCGAGGAGGUGGACAAAUAAUUCCGACCGCCAGAAGGGUAGCCUACUCUGCGUUUCUUAUGGCAACGCCCAGGUUAAUGGAACCUUACUUGUUUGUCGAAGUCCAAGCGCCUGCGGACUGUGUUUCGGCUGUCUAUACCGUGUUGGCUAAAAGGAGAGGUCACGUGACCCAAGACGCGCCCGUUCCCGGAAGUCCCUUAUACACUAUCAAGGCGUUCAUUCCGGCGAUCGAUAGCUUCGGGUUCGAGACUGACUUGCGGACCCACACACAAGGACAGGCGUUCUGUUUGUCGGUGUUCCACCACUGGCAAAUCGUGCCUGGCGAUCCACUGGACAAGAGCAUCACGAUUAGACCGCUCGAGCCACAACCAGCCACGCAUUUAGCCAGAGAAUUUAUGUUGAAAACGAGAAGGCGAAAGGGCCUCUCGGAAGACGUUUCUAUCAACAAAUUCUUCGAUGAUCCCAUGUUACUUGAAUUGGCGAGACAAGACGUCCUACUGAAUUAUCCAUUGUAAUGUAGCAUUAUAGUGAUUUCUCUUGUAAUUCUAAUAUUAAGAUUUAUAAAUAAACAAUUGACUUUGUAUAGAAA